UUUCUCCCCUCCCUCCCAGCCUCUCUCCUCUCUCGCUCCCCCUCGAGCUCCCGGCUGCCCGCGGCUCCGUCGCGCUUUCCCUUUCUCUUCGGUAGGCUCCACCGAGCGAUGCUGGCUCUGGGAAACAGCGACGCCGUCUCCCGCUAGAGACCUGCCCCCCGGCCCGGCCCCUUGCCCAGCCCUGCCCAGCGCGCGGGGGUCGGCGAAGGCGCCGCGGACGCACCGACGGCUGAGGAACAGCGAUGCAAAUACACUAGCAGCACCCCCUAACUCACUCCCUCCACACCCCGCGCCGCCUCCUCCUCCGGCAGCAGCGGCAGAAGGACCCACCCUGCCCCCCACCCCACCCUCCGCCGGCUCCGGCUGCGAUUCCUGCCUCGACUAUUAUUUUAUUUAUUUUGGGUCGUGCACAAGCCUCAGUGCCUGCAGCUCGCGCCUCCUCGGACCGCGGGCGCCUCCUCCCUCGGCUCCGGAACCCCAGACCCCGGCCACCCUCGCCUCGACACCCCCAGAGCCCCGCCAGCUGCCGCGAGUCUCCGCGGCUGGAAUCUUGUUAGAGGCUGUCUUUUUUGGGGGUUCUGGUUUCCCGACAUUUUUGUUUUCAGCCAAGGGGAGGCUAUCGUGAUUUUUUCCCCUUUGAGCCCAGGCUCCGCUUUCUGGGGGGGUGGGGGGCGCGCCGAGCCGGGGAGCCGUGCCAGCCGAGUCGUGCGGGCUGUGGCAGGGAAGGGGCCACCAUGGGAUGUACUCUGAGCGCAGAGGAGCGAGCCGCCCUCGAGCGGAGCAAGGCGAUUGAGAAAAACCUCAAAGAGGAUGGCAUCAGCGCCGCCAAAGACGUGAAAUUACUCCUGCUGGGGGCUGGAGAAUCUGGAAAAAGCACCAUUGUGAAGCAGAUGAAGAUCAUCCACGAAGAUGGCUUCUCUGGAGAAGACGUGAAACAGUACAAGCCCGUUGUCUACAGCAACACCAUCCAGUCCCUGGCAGCCAUCGUCCGGGCCAUGGACACUUUGGGCAUCGAAUACGGUGACAAGGAGAGAAAGGCCGAUGCCAAGAUGGUGUGUGAUGUGGUGAGUCGAAUGGAAGACACGGAGCCCUUCUCUCCAGAGCUGCUCUCUGCCAUGAUGCGACUCUGGGGCGACUCAGGGAUCCAGGAGUGCUUCAACAGGUCCCGGGAGUAUCAGCUCAACGACUCCGCCAAAUACUACCUGGACAGCCUGGAUCGGAUCGGGGCUGCCGACUACCAGCCCACCGAGCAGGACAUCCUCCGAACCAGGGUCAAAACCACUGGCAUCGUAGAAACCCACUUCACAUUCAAGAACCUCCACUUCAGGCUGUUCGACGUCGGGGGCCAACGAUCUGAACGCAAGAAGUGGAUUCACUGCUUCGAGGACGUCACGGCCAUCAUCUUCUGUGUCGCGCUCAGCGGCUAUGACCAGGUGCUCCACGAAGACGAGACCACGAACCGCAUGCACGAAUCGCUGAAGCUCUUCGACAGCAUCUGCAACAACAAGUGGUUCACGGACACGUCCAUCAUCCUGUUUCUUAACAAGAAGGACAUAUUCGAAGAGAAGAUCAAGAAGUCCCCGCUCUCCAUCUGCUUUCCUGAGUACACAGGCCCCAACACCUUCACGGAAGCCGUGGCUCAUAUCCAGGCGCAGUACGAGAGCAAGAACAAGUCGGCCCACAAGGAGAUCUACACCCACAUCACCUGUGCCACUGACACCAACAACAUCCAGUUUGUCUUUGACGCCGUGACGGACGUCAUCAUCGCCAAAAACCUUCGGGGCUGUGGCCUCUACUGAGCCCUGGCCCCGCCACCCAGCUGCCCACCACCCUGCCCAGCCUGCCGCCCCACCCCUGCCCUGGACAAGGGAGCACCAGCAGAUGGCACUGAGUGGGGAAGAGGAGGCGCCCUCCACGGCCUCCCCCGCCCCAGACACCAGAACACGUGGUAACGGGGCUGGCGGGGGCGCCGAGUUCCCACACCUGCCGAGACAGACGGCCCGCUGGCCUCCGCGCCAUCGCUGGGUGUCUCCCCGGGAGAGAGGCGUAUGGGGGCCGCGCCGCCGUCCGGGCCAGAAUGGGCGCGCUCUGCACGCAGUGGUUCAGGCUUGAGGUCCCAGAGUCCCCUCCUGUCUUCGAAGCUGUGCAGGUGGUGGGGCGGCGUGCUGGCCGGAGCGGGGGCAGUGGGAGCCGCUGCUCAGCUUUUCUUGGGGUCCCUCUGGUCGAGGGCAGCUCCGUCACCAAAGGCCAGGGUGGGAUCAGGCCACCAACCGCGUGUGGGUCCGGGGGCUCAGGCCUUGGCAGUGCCUCCCUCCUCCUCCCCCUGGACCUCAGCCCCG